AGGUAUCUUCUACGGUGUAACCGUGCGCCGCUGGGUUUCCAUCCUGGUUUCCAACCUCGUUGCCAGUCCAGCCUGCUCGUUUAUCUUCUUCGCCCCCCCUCCCUUGGAUCUUUGUUCAGCUUGGCUCGGUCUUGCUGGGGGCUCCUGUAGUUGAUACGAAGGGUUCGGUUCAGCAGCUUCGAGAGGAGUGAGUGAGUGAGGAAGUGAUCCGGGGUUUCCGUGGUUUUUUCUCUAUCGGACUAGGUCGAUCGACGUGUUAGUUUGUUGCCUUUGCUGUGGCUGCAAAAACUUUUGAGUAGCAAGGAUAUCAGCUGCGUCGUGUUUGGACUUCCAUCGUCCACAGCCCUUGCUUCACGUACAGAGGCACUUGGCGGGUUGGUUGGAGUGCAUCUUUGCUGCGGAGAGCUGUCUGUAGCUGUGUCGAGUUGUGGUCUUGGUAUUUUUGCGGGAUUCGAGAGAAAGAGGAGCUUGGAAGAAUGUUAUUUAUGUUGGAGUUGGAGCAGAGCUAGGAGGUGGAAACAAGGAGGGUUUGCUACAUACUCCCUUUUGCACAGGUUCUGCGUGGAGGUUGAGUGUCUGCAAAGAAGAAGAAGCUGCUCAUUUGGAACAUAAGUUGUCAAAAUCAACUGAACCGCUCGGGAAUGUAAUCAACAAUCUCAGAUUAUCGCGCAUCUUUAAGGUGGUUUUGCUGUGGUUAGCUGCUAUACUUCGAGUGGUAGAUCGAAUCGUGGAGUUCACGACCUUCCGGCUUGCAGCGUCGAGUCGUUUCUGUGUGCACUUGACUCUAGUCGCACAAGGUCGGAACGCCAGUAAUCUGCUCACUGUGCAGAUCCCCAAAGAAACUGUCCUUCAGAGUUGCAAGUUAUUUGGAGAUCUCGCUCUACUACGGUUGUGAGAGUGGCGGUUCACAAAUUGGCCGGCCAGAACACUGCCCAGUCGACUCUCUUUCUCUUUCGCUCCGGGCUGAUUCAGUAUGUGAGCGAGUCUGCAGUGGUGGACUAAACCAUCUUAAACCCGAUUUACAUUCAUCUGUUGACAACAUGCUAUUCGGCUAUUAUUAAAGUGAUUUUACAUAUUGUAAGUGUUCGCUUACGGUAAAGGCGCCCAAAUAUUUUGAUAACUUGUUCUCAGCACUUGAGGUUGACAUCAAGUAGUCACCAUGCCUGAGAUAUUGCCACAUGGCAACAAUCGGGUGAUCAAGUCGCUUAAUAAAUUCUGCGAGGAGUGUGCCCGGCAUGGCUGCACAGACUGUAUCGAUCAUGGAGGGGUUCCAUCAGAGGAUACUGUUACGAGUGUCCUUGGCAAGCGCCAUGGUUCCUACAGGGAUGCUUACGUAGACUUCCUGAUCGCAAGGGACGACGUAAAGAACCUCUUCAGUCCUUCACUGAAGCGUUCUGUACCACCGUCCUCCGGCUUGAGCAGGACUGACAUUCUAUCUCAUCCUCUUAAGCAAGUUUUUCCGACUGUGCCAGCUGUAUCUACUCCGAGUGCUCUGCACUUGGAACCAGCAACACCUGCUGUCAGUUGUGAAAUUUCGCCUUCUUCGAGUGGGCCCGACACACCCAGUGAUCACAGCAGGGACAAACUGCAUGACAAAAUUGAUCAAGAUAACGAUGAUACCGGCUACAGGGAGGGUGGAGUGCGGUAUCGAGAGAAUUUACGGAAGUUUGUCGUAGAAUACAGGCCUCCACGUUUCAAAUGGAAGCUUUGGAUGGGCACGUACCUCACCAUAGAUGAGGGUCGUCGAGCAUGCGACUGCGCAAGGUAUUAUGCCGGCCAUGAUAAGGGUGGGUUCUAUUUCAAAGACUCUCCGGCGUUGUUUCAGGAGCUAGGGCCACUUAACCGCCCCUUCACCUUGGUCAACAAGGACUUCAAAGACAAAGCUUUCAAUAUGGAGCUGAAGAAACGUGCCAAGCUGGUAAUUAAAAAGGUUCUUGAUGCUCAGCGGGCUAACCAAGUGGUGGAUGUCUCACGCCCGACGCCUUCAAUGCCGUUGUCGAAAGCAGACAUAGAGCAACGACUUCUUGCUCCUAACGCAAGAGCGAACCCCAGCUACCGAAAUUCUGCCGCGCAUGACCCACUAUCAGUCGUUGAUAGGCUUCCUACUUCCAGGCAAGAGAGCGUCGCCAAACCUGGUCCUGCACGUGAACCGUUUGCAAUCAUCGAUGGGCUCCCCACCUCCAGCCAGGAGAGCCUCAGCAUAUCAUACCCGGAGUAUGAACGGCUCUCAUCCUGUAGCCAAGAGAGCUCAGAAAUUACUGGAUCCCGCCAUGAAGAGGCUGGAGUUGCCCAGUGUCCUAUCGGUAUUACACUCGAAGCUGGUGACACUUAUGCAGGCCUGGACCCCUUGGAUGCAACUCUGGAUCCCAGAGAGUUUGUUACUGCAUUUAUCGACGGUUACAACAUUGUACUCGACCACCACCCGUCGGCCAGCAACAUGGAUAACUACGUUGAUGAUGCAGAGAAUGCGUUUGACGUGCAAUUAUGGCAUCAUGAAUUUUAGCUUUUGUCUAUUUCUUUUUUAAGUUGAAUUUAUUUUUACGGUUGGCUGAGUCUGCGUGCGAGGCUAUUUCCCGGUCGGGAUUUAGCACAUCUACGAGUAAGUUGUGAGGGUUCGCACCACUUGCGCCUCGUAUAAGUAUUAUUGGGAUAGAGGAUAUGAAGGUUUCCCUAAGUUUUUGUCUACGAUUAUCACCUGCAUCCUUCCAGGAAUCAGUGUAGAUGAAGGUUCUAGAUGAGGUAAAUACUGUAUAAAUGCGGCUACCAUCUUUUGGAGCAAAAUUCUUUUGUAUAGUAGUGGCGACGCUUCGUUCGUCUUAUUGCUCUUAGGCAAAGUCUUCUUGUACGAACAGUUCAGCUCCCUCCAGCUCUUUUUUAUAAAUGGAUUUGCUUUGAGGCGAUCCAUUAGAGUCAAGUGUCCUCGUUGUCCAUCUGCUUCGUUCUUCUGAAGCUUAUGUCCAUGUGUCCAUCAAGUCAUUCUCGACGAUACUUUUAUAGGGUUGUUACAAUAGCAGAGAAAUGGUGUUCGAUUUCCUAGAUAAAACAGUUUGUCCAGCCUCGGCUCUUUUCUGUAAAGUUUUAUCUAAUAGUCUUUUACUUCGCAUUG